AUGAAGGACUUUUUUGUGUCAGUCCUAGGCUCGUCAGCAACGAAGAGAGAAGCCAAAUCCUAUAUACAGCAAUUCACACCGUCCAAGAUCUCAACCGCAGGCCCGAGCUCGGCAACACAGAGACGACCCCUCAUCAAACCCGGUGUCAAUCUUGGGGCUUUUUAUGUUCCAACCGCAGUAGAAGAAAGUCCUAAGUUUGUUCGUGAUCCAGCAACAUCUAGUAAGACAGCGAUAGAGUCGCAAGUUCACGUUGCAUUGGUAAAGAUCAGGGCGCCACAAACUCUUGAGGACGAAACUCUGAACGGAAUCGGCAGGACUCUGUCGCAGCUAGGUCGACUAGGGCUCACGAGCAUUGUUGUUGUUGACUGUCAGGACACGACGAGCUCCAAUGAUGAAAAUAUAGGUGCUUCGCCUUGGACGUGGAGAAAUUUAGCGAAGAAAGAAGCAAAUCGGGUUGUCACAGCCAUUGAUUCCAAUUGCGACAUCAGUGCUCGACUUCUAGAGGAUGUUCUCGGUGUUCCUGACAAAAUCGAGAACUCUCAGGCUGGGUUGUUCAGUCAAGAAAACGCCCACCUCACACUAAGGAAACUGUUGUUGACACCGUUGAAACGUGGAGUAAUCCCUGUGAUACCAUGUGUGGCACACACGCAAACGUCCCAAGUCUCUGUUCCAAUCACUGGAUCGGCUGCUGUUCUUGCGCUAUCCAGAGAACUGGCGGGAACUAGUACCAAAAUUAGCAACGAAGCAGGGCUCGUCGAAGGCAAGGAAGAACGUGACACUCUAUUUGAAGAAGUCUCACUUGAUCGACUCAUUAUUCUGGAUCCUUUGGGCGGCAUCCCUUCUUCAAAUCGCCCUAGCGGAUAUCAUGUUUUCUUAAAUAUGGAACAAGAAUUCGAGCCAGCAAAACAGGAUCUGUUGCGAGCUUCGGGGGAGAUCGGCAAUUCGAGGUCAAUUCAAAGCCCGAAUGUUGAGAGGUUCGUUUCCGAUAUUGGCGGCAGUAACCCACUCUCAAAGUUCGUAGAAAGUGAGUUACGGGACUGGAAAUCAGAACCGUCUAUGGCACCACCAACUGAAGAACCACCCGCACCACCGUCUGUUUCCGCAAGCAGAAUUCAUCUUGACAACCUGGAGCUGGUUCGCUCUGUCCUUUCUAUCUUACCGCCGAGCUCAUCCGCAAUACUAACCACUCCAGAGGAAGCUGCGAACUCUGGGAAGAUGUCGACCCUCCAACCUGGAGGGGUAGGUACUCGACGACACCGGAAUCCGUUGAUUCAUAACCUCCUGACAAACAAGCCGGUAUAUUCUUCAUCCUUACCGUCUGGAAGACUAGGUCCGGUCAAGUCUGCGACUGUGGACAGCUCGAAAUUUUCAGCCACAGAGGUCAUUCCAACCACAUUUGCAAAACUGGGAAUGCCUGUAGUCAUUCAUCCAAACCCGGUGGAUGAGCCAUGGAGAGCGCCGUUGCCAGGAAGACCGAAUCUCAAGCUGACUGACUCUCACAUUGAUCUUUCUCGAUUGGUCCAUUUGAUUGACGAUUCUUUUGACCGAAAGCUUGACGUACGUGAUUACCUCAAACGGGUCAACGAUCGAAUCGCCGGUGUUAUAAUUGCUGGGGAGUAUGAAGGCGCUGCCAUAUUGACAUGGGAAACACCACCUGGUGUAGUGGAGGACGGGAGUAUGGAAAGUCGAUCUAGGAUGGUACCUUACCUCGACAAAUUUGCCGUUUUGAAAAAGGCCCAGGGGUCCGGAGGAGUGGCCGAUAUCGUUUUCACCGCGAUGGUAAGGGAUUGCUUUCCAAAUGGAGUCGUGUGGAGGUCGAGGACGACGAAUGUGGUAAAUAAAUGGUACUUUGAAAGAUCUAGAGGGACUUGGAAAUUACCCAAGACAGGGUGGACAAUGUUCUGGACGACGGCUGAUAUGAACCGCCAAACGUUUUUGGAUUAUGAAGGAGUAUGUCGAGGAAUCGUCCCUUCUUGGGCGGACAAAAAGGUCGUAUUGGACUAG